AUGGCGGUGAACCAGAACCACACCGAGGACCGCCGCGGGGCCAUCAUUCCUGUUGGUGAAAGUCUCCUGAAGCAGAGUCCAGAUGUGGAGCUCUCCUUCCCACAGCAACCACGGGACUGCAGUCUCUUUAGAGGUGUAAAGAGGGGAACAUUGUUCCUUAGUUCAUACCGGGUGAUUUUCGUGACUUCACGCUCAGUCAGUGACCCCAUGCUGUCCUUUAUGAUGCCGUUUGAUCUGAUGAAGAACUGCACUGUUGAACAACCACUCUUUAACGCAAACUACAUUCAAGGGACUGUUCGUGCAGCUCCAGAUGGUGGCUGGGAAGGACAGGCUACUUUUAAAUUUGUCUUCAGAAAAGGAGGUGCCAUCGAAUUUGCCGAGUUGCUGAUACAAGCUGCCUCUGCUGCUGCCCGGGGAACUCCACUUCAAGUUAUGACUUAUUGGAUCAGCACUCCAGGAAUUUAUGUUAUUUCUGGAGAGGGAAACAUGUGCACUCCACAGACACCCUGUCAAGUUUGGGUCUAUGGAACCCCCUCUAUGGGAUAUGGAGCCCCCCCUGUGGGAUAUGGAGCACCCCCUACAGGAUAUGGAGCCCCCCCUGCAGGAUAUGGAGCUCCUCCUAUGGCAUAUGGAGGCCUUCCUGUAGGAUAUGGAGCCCCUCCUAUGGGAUAUGGAGCCCCGCCCCCGGGAUAUGGAGCCCCGCCUCCAGGAUAUGGAGCCCCGCCUCCAGGAUAUGGAGCCCCGCCUCCAGGAUAUGAAGCCCCACCUGCGAGAAGCUCAAGACCUGUAGCCCCCACUUCUAGAUCCCCAGCUCCACCUACUGAAUCUGGAGUUCAGAAUCACCAAUCUGUAACAGCACAGACUCCUGGACAUGAAGCUUUUCCCUCUACUUCUCAGGCCUAUUCUCCCAAUUCUAAAAUGUAAACCUUGACCAUUUAGCAAGCAAAGCAGCACCCUAACACUGAAGUCAAAAUAAGGGGGAGGACUCAGGUAUACUGAUCACAGGCCAGUACUCCUUGAAAGGACAAUCUUAGGAUUUAUAGAUAUUGAGUGACUCUGAA